AUGGAUAAUGUGGAGGUACAAGUGCAAGUAACGGAUUGUUCUGGAGUGGGGACAGGAUUUUGUGUUUGUGGUGUUGUAGUAAGAGUAGGAAGAACUGCCUUUAUGAUCAACCACUGUAACCUAGGAUACUGGUAUAUUGACUACAUAUUAUGUGACGAUGGUGGUGAUGUUCUUGAUGUAAGAAAAAUGAGAGAAACGACUUUUGGGAUAUAUUUUCCAAGCGAUACAGUUAUUAACAUCUAUCAGCAACAACAAUCGAUACACAACUGGCUUAGUAUACGUAUAAACCCGUCAGUAAGAGAUAUUGGUAAAACAUCUGGUUUAUGUGGUGAAUUAACAGAUGAUCCACCUGAUGUACAAUACAAUAACGCAUAUUUUAACUCAUGGAGAGUCCAGAAAGAGGUGAACCUCUUUGAUCCUUACAACUGGAGAAACCUGUCUGCUUGGACAUCUGCUGGUAGAUUUGAACAUUGUCGUUGUGAUGAAAACGUACAAGAAAAUAUAGAAACAUCUGUGAACUGUAGUCCAGUACCAGGGUCGCAAACCUGUUCCUCAGACACAGAUUAUACCUUGUUCCAUAAAAAAAAAUGUAUCAAUCCUUUAAGAAAGAAAAGAUCACUUCCUCGGUGGUCACAAACAGCAAUAUUACACCACAAACGACUCAGACGGGAUGUAAGUUGGAAGAAUGGAUGGACUAUGGACAGUGCUAGUGAAUAUUGUUCUGGUCUGUUUAAUAAUUCUAUGGUUAUUAAGAGAUGUGAAGGUAUUAGAGGUAUUAAUAUAGAAGGGGCUGUAGAAACAUGUGUCAGUGAUAUACAGCUCAGUGGAACUGAUGUGUUUGCUCUAUCCUCCAUAUCGUCCGUCAGCUCUAAAUGUAUACGUGAAGCCAGAAUGAAUGGGACUUUAAGAGAAGAAAAGGUAGAAAACGGUAAAACUAUUCUGGAGAUGGUGGAAGAAGUUUCUUGUCCUGGGGAAUGUUCAAAUCAGGGUCUUUGUGAAGACGGUAAAUGUAUCUGUAAGUCUGGGUAUAUUGGAUCCGACUGUUCAGUAUCACUCAAUGAACCACCAUUAGCUCACAACCUAGAAGCUGAUGGACAUUGUGAUUUAUCACUAGACGGUUGUACUGAAGUGGCUGUUUUUGGUGGAAGAUUUGUAGAUCAUGACAAGACCAAGUGUAAACUGUUACCAUUUAAGAUGAAGAAUGACCAAGUUACUGUCAGCAAAGAAAGAAUAAUACAAACAGCAGUAUUUGAGAGUAUUGGAGAAGUAACGUGUAAAUUACCAUCUAGAAAACGUAGAAGAAGAUCAGUUAAUGUACCAGUUAUUGAUGAAACUGUGACAGGUUAUAAAGUCUCCGUAUCUAAUAAUGGCCAGAACUACAGUCAACAGUUAAAUUUCAUCAUAUAUAAUACAGAAUGUAUAAACUGUAAUAUAGAUAACUCGAAUGAAAUAAUCUGUACAUUUUCGUCUAACUAUUGUAUUAUAGAUGCUAUAUGUUAUAGUAAUAGUUUAUUUCAGUCUAAUUAUUGUAUUAUAGAUGCUAUAUGUUAUAGUAAUGGUUUAUCUCAGUCUAACUAUUGUAUUAUAGAUGCUAUAUGUUAUAAUAAUAGUUUAUUUCAGUCUAACUAUUGUAUUAUAGAUGCUAUAUGUUAUAGUAAUGGUUUAUUUCAGUUUAACUAUUGUAUUAUAGAUGCUAUAUGUUAUAGUAAUGGUUUAUUUCAGUCUAACUAUUGUAUUAUAGAUGCUAUAUGUUAUAGUAAUGGUUUAUUUCAGUCUAACUAUUGUAUUAUAGAUGCUAUAUGUUAUAGUAAUGGUUUAUUUCAGUUUAACUAUUGUAUUAUAGAUGCUAUAUGUUAUAGUAAUGGUUUAUUCAUAAAUGGAACUGAAAUGGAGGUCACUGAAGAGCCACUUACAACAGAAAUGGCAAGCACUACAAUGGACGAUAUCACUGAAAAUUCAUCGACGACAGAGAUGACAGACACCACAAUGGACGAUGCAACUAAAAGCCCAGCGCCAACAGAAGUGACUAAAACUACAAGAAAUACUGUAACUGAAGACCCAUCAGCAGAGAACCAGAUGGAUUAUGUUGUAAUUGGCAUAUCAGUAACAGCAGCUGUUGUGUUCAUCAUUGUUUCUGUCACGAUUUUCUGUUUGGCUUAUAAAAGGAAGAGAGUGCCAUCUACACGUGCCAAAACCGUAACUCCAACAACGAACCCAAAUUAUGAUUUUAGUAAUAUCAAUCCAUACGAUAAUACGCGUAAUUCACGUUAAUAAAUAAUUCGAUAAAUACCAGUGAAGUUAAAAUGGUUUUUGUAAAUGUAAUAUAAUAAUACUAAUAACACUAAUGAUGAUAAUGAUGAUGAUUAUAAUGAUGAUGAUUGAUGGUGGGUCAUGAAUGAUCAUGACGAUGAUUGAUGGAGAUGGAUAAUGGAUAAUGAUGAUGUAGUCGACGAUGAUGAUGAUGAUGAUGAUGAUGAUGAUGAUGACGAUAUGAUGAAUACCAGUGAAUUAACAAUUCGUCGAUAUUUGUUUAAGUCAUAUUUGGUUGAAUUUCUCAGAGGGAAGUUUGUAUAUAAUAAAUAAUAAACGCAAACUUAAAAAAAAUGAACAAAUUUUAGUUAUGCCAGUAUGAAAUUAUUUUAUUUUGUCAAAAAAAAAACUAUGUUGAUAUUCAACACAACAAGUGUUUUAAGUAUGGCACUUUCAAAGUCAUUUUAAUAUGAUAAAUGAUUUGUCUGAUUCUAAGCAUGAACUCAGACAAUCCACUUUAUUUCCUGGCAGAAUUAAUAGAACUGUUGAUAACAAUUUAUACUACCUUUACUUUGAUCGGUCGUGUUUUAGUUCGUUUUCUUU